UACGAUUCUGAGACUCUUCUCUCUCGCGACGCCGAAACCCUAGCCUGUGGUUUCUUCGAAAGAUUUUGCUUGAAAAAUCUCCCGCGGUUCCUUCAAAGAUUUUUCUAAACUUUUUCUGGAUCUCGAAACCCUUUUUUGCGAAAUCGAUUUUGCGAUAGUUUUUAAAAACUUUUUUUGUUAAACGCGUUAAGUUUUCGAUUCGAUCCGAUCUGAGGAUGUCAAGGUGUUUUCCUUACCCUCCACCCGGCUAUACGGUUAGAAGGAGCGAUGAAGAAGCAGCCUUGAUCGAAUCGAUUAAGCUCCAAAAGGAGAGGGAGAAAGCCCUACAGCUCCAAAAGGAAAGGGAGAAAGCCCUAAAGCUCCGAAAGGAGAGGGAGAAAGCUGAAAGGAAGGAAGAGAAGAAGAGGGAGAAGAAAGAGAAGAAAGAGAGGAAGAAAGAAAGGAAAGAGAAGGAAAAGCAAAACUUAAGUGAUUCUGCUCAGAGAGAUAAGUCCCACAAAAAGGACAAUUCUGAGUUUAAAGAUGGAUGCAUAGAUAAGAAGAGAUCUUCUGACUCUGAAACAUUAGAAAAGAGCAAUCUCACUGUGGAAUAUGGACAAGCUGUUUGCUCACAGAACCCCAACAACUCAUCUGAUAGCACUCAGAACAGCAACAAAAGGAAAAGGCAUUCUUCACCACCAAAUGUCACCCGCUCUCAUGGGAAUGUUAUCAGGAUUCGUUUGCCCUCACAGAAGCAUAUGGACUGUGAUUCUUCAUCUCAGAAUCAACAGAUUUGUUCAACUUCUGGCAGGACAGAUUUGCCAGUCCAGCGUAAAUGUGAAACUGCUUCCAGUGCUGGUGCAGAUAACAUUUGUAGUACUUCACAGCAAACUCAAAAUGCUGUUGAGAAGAGCGUAUCUGCUGCUUCACGCCCUAAAAGAGUGGAGAAGCCUAUGCAUAAAGAUGCAUUGCAGUUCAGAAAUUUGAUAGAGAACUGGGUUCCCUCAAGUUCAAAUGAUCUUGGCGAUGAUGAUCAAGAUUGGUUAUUCAAGAGAAGAAAGCAUGAUAAUACUAAUGCAGCAAAGAAGCCUAUAGCCAGCAGCACUAUGCUGUGUGGUAGCUCUGCAUUGUUGUUGCCCCGUGCUCAGUAUUUGCAGGAUGCAGACAUCUUUGCUUUGCCCUUCACCAUUCCUUUUUGAAUAUGCACGCUGUAUACUGAUAUUAGGUGUUGAUGCUGCUUCAGAUUUUGUAGCCCAUUGCCUGUGGCAGCUCGAAUUCAUGUUUAGAAGUGGUAGCAUUUAAACAUCCCACAGAUAGAAAGAGGGUGCAUUCUUUACAUUUUACCCAGUAUGGGGUGAUUGCCAGGGGAAGAACAAGAGAUGUUCUCGUGAACUGGUCAUUAUGAUGUGUAAAAGAUGUGCACUCUUUAACAAUAGUGAAUUUCAUUUCAAACUUGGGUUUC